CUCUCGUCUCUUGUCUCUUGUCUCUUGUCUCUUAAGCUUACUGUGAACGAAGACCGAUGAUGACCACUCUAGGACCAUGGCUGGGAGGGCGCGGUGAUUUAUGGGAUCCCUUCGACAUGUUCGGUUUGACCCAGAGGCGAGGUGGUGACCGUGAUCAAGCUUCAGCCCUAGCUUUACCUAACGUUGAUUGGCGUGAGACUGAUAACGCUCAUAUCAUCCGUCUUGAUCUUCCUGGUGUGAAGAAAGAUGAGGUGGGGGUACAUGUGGAAGAAGGGAAUGUGUUGAGGAUCAGUGGGAAAUGGAGCAAUAAGGAAGAGGAGCAUAAGGAUGACAAGUGGCAUCGUGUGGAGAGGCAACGUGGGACAUUUGUGAGGAGGUUUCGUCUUCCUGAGAACGCCAACAUUGAUGGGGUUAAGUGUUCUAUGGAGAACGGAGUUCUGAGUGUGGAGGUGCCCAAAAAUGUGACUCAGGCACCGGACAAGGAAGGUCGCGCCAUUAACAUAAACUAGCCCAGCCUAGCUUAGCUUUAUCAUAAAUAUAGUAUAAUAUAUAUAUAUAUAUAUAUAUAAUGUAGUUUUUGUAUGGGGGUUUGUAUUGUUUUUGUGUCUACUCUU